AACACCCUCCUGAACAAUAACCCUCGUGAACAAUCCCCUUGGUGGCGGCGACACAACUCACGCCAACAGAUUGCGCCUCCGCAUCUCGCAGCGCCUCCUCCGUCGUCGGGUGCGGGGUUCCGCCGCCGCUCGCGACCUGAGGGGCAGGGCCUCCACCGGCAGCCGUGGGCAUAGGACCUCCUCCGUUCGGCAGUUCACCAACAGCAUACCAUAUGACUGAUGAUGGAUCGAGAUUGGAUGAGUGAACCAAGAUCAUCCGCUGCUUAUAAAGAUCUAGAGAGAUCAUUUGUUCGGAUAAAGGCACUUGUGCGAAACAGAGCUUACCCAGAAGGUUCAAUUGCUGAAGGUUAUAUUGCAGAAGAGUGCCUGACAUACUGUUCAAGAUUUUUAGAAGGAAGUACACGCUUUACAAGAGCACCUAGAAACCCUGAACCUUCAGAUAAUAUAAAAGACAUUUAUAUGUUUGAGAGUGCUGGUGAACCAAUUGGCAAGGCCAUCACCAUAGGACGGUUUGACAACCAGCUUCUAGUGCAAGCACAUCGAUAUGUCUUGCGACAUUGUGAUGAACUUGAAGACUUUCGCAAAGAAUUUCUUGAUGAAGAGAAAAGAAAACUGCCUCAUACAACUAACUUGACACAGUCCGACGUCGACAGGUUGAUCAAUAGAAGCUUUGCUGAUUGGUUGGAACAAAAGGUUUUACAAAAUGGUGGAGUAGAUAUCGAUGAAAAGACGAGAGCGUUGGCUGCAAAACCGAACAAAACUGUUGUGUGCUACAGUGGCUAUAUUAUUAAUGGUUUCAGGUUCCACACUAUGAUGCGUGAGGCUGGCCGCUCCACUCAAAACAGCGGCGUAGUUAACAUUGCUGAUGAUGGUGUUAAUUACUAUGGCAGAUUAUCGGACAUCGUAGAAUUGUCAUAUAGAAAAUACAAGGUAGUGCUCUUCAGAUGUGAUUGGUAUGACGUCCAUCAUAAAGCCGGCAUCAAAAAGGAUGAAUUUGAUUUCACCCUUGUGAACUUCUCCCGAAAGAUACAUAGUGGAGAUAAAUUAGAUCAUGAUCCAUUUGUCUUUUCAUCACAAGUGGAACAGGUUUUUUAUGCUGAAGAUGCAAAAGCUAAAGGAUGGCACGUCGUAACGAGAUUUAAGCCCAGAGAUAUUUUUGAUAUGGGUGUGGAACAACAAUCUAAUGAAACAGAGUAG